AUGAAGAUCCGAGUGGUCCAGAUCUGGGGCUUCCUCAUGACGGUGCUGGGCUGGAUCUUCGUGGCCUGCACCAUGGCCAUGGAGGGCUGGAAGAUCACCUCCAUCGGGGGCAUGGGGGGCUCGUCCAUCAUCAAGGUGGCCUGGUACUGGUCCAGCCUGUGGAGGUCCUGCUUCACCGACUCCACCGCGGUCACCAACUGCUACGAUUACCCCGUGCUCUGGUCUGUGGAGGGUCACAUCCAGAUCGUCCGAGGCCUGCUGAUGGCCUCUCUGUCGCUGGGCAUGCUGGGGUUCGUCCUCAGCCUGAUGGGCAUGGAGUGCACCUUCCUCGGGGGAAAAGACCGCUCCAAGUACAAGAAGAUCUACGUCGGCGGAUGGUGCCACGUCAUCAGCGGUUUGCUGGCCUGCUCUGGGUACGCCGUUUACGCACAGUACGUCUCCGUAGAAUACUUCAACCCGGACUUUGAUGGACUUCAGUACGACCUGGGCACCCCGAUCUUCCUCGGCUGGGUGGGCGCCUGCUUUCACGCGACCGGCGGCUUCUUCUACCUGUGGUCGGUGUGCGUGCCGCUCUGUGGAGGACAGGCCACGAUAAUCAACGUCCAAGCUCUGCCAGACCCGGAGCAGACCAAGUCCACCACAGCUCUGUCAUCAGUGUCCAAGAUCACCUCCAAGACCAAACUGUCCUCCGUUUCCGAGCUGUCGUCCAGGUCUGAGCGCUCAGACGUGUCCACCAUCUCCUCCAGAUCAGGACGCACAUCCAAAUCUGGCCGCACGGCCAAGUCAGGAAGGUCGUCCAAGACGGGGCGAAGCACGAGGUCUGGGGGGUCAGCGGGGUCAGGAUCAAGAUCGGGAUCGGGAUCUGGGUCGGUGUCGGAGAUCUCGUCAAGAUCCAGCCUGUCGACUCUGUCUGGGUCGAGGAGCAGCAGCAGCAGCCGGACGGUGUCGUCGCUGUCGGGCAGCUCGGCGAGUGAGACGACGCCGUUCAUCAAAAACUCUUUUAUCUGAACCACGUGAGACAUCAGCUGAUGGACUCAUAAGAACGGGUGUGAUGAACGUUCUGUUUAACUUUUAUAUACGUGGUGGAAGCACAUCCAGGAGAAUGUUCUGUGAUAAUUAAACUGAUAAAUCUGUGGUUAUGAGAAUAUUUUGUGUAAAGUUUCUGCUGCCCACAUUCAACCAUCACGUCUUCUGACAGAGCUGUCGCCUUUUGUAAGCUUUCAGACAACAAAUAAAACUCUGCCGGGCCGAUCAGGUCUGGUUGACAGUAAACACUCUGCUCUGCUGUUAUUCAACCCUCCACCCAAACACACAAGAAGCAG